AUGUGCAAGAGACGCCUUCAAAAGGAGCUAAACGACUUUUGUAGUAAGUCCUCUGUGGCAGAGUUGGCCACUUUCCCACCCGAGUCGCAGGAAACCUUUCUGGCGACAGGAAGGCUAAGGGUGGACUUGUCCACAACAACCCGCAAAUGGGCCAUUGACAUUCGCUACAGGGAAAAGUACCCCUUCAAGUCACCCCAGGUACUUUUGGUGGACCAUCCACACCAUCCCAAACUCGGAAGAAGUGGACCUUCGCCUUUGUGGGAUGUCAUUCCAUUCUUUGCCAACGACUGGCAUAUAUCUUGUGGACUGACACAAAUCGUCGAGAAUGUAGCGAGUUGGUUGCAACAGGAAGAAGGGAGAUUUGCUUCGGAUGGCGCCCAGGAUAUUGCUGAACUACCACCACCACGGGCAAACAGGGAACGAUUGGUCCAGUGCAAUCAGGAGCGCUGUCACCUACGCACGGAUGGAACAGUCAUGGUUUUUCAAAAUGUGACCGCCCAACCUCUCCGUGUCAUAUGCCUCCUCAACAGUAUGGAAGCUAGCACGCAAGCAUUUUGUAACAAUGAAUUUGGAUUCUCGAGCGCUAGCAAAAGACACCACUUGGUACCGAGAGGUAAAGGAGAGCAUACACUGGGAUUUGCCCUGCAAUCUGGCUCAGAGGCAUCCAAGCAGGCUGCCAGCUUGCUUGGUCCACCGAAUCAUGAAAGAUUAUCUGCACCAGCAUUCAUUGGUCAUGGCGCCAAUUGGUGGGACCAUGAUCGUGUUGUCGUCAACGAACACUGCCGAUCUGUGCAUCGAGCACACCGUUCAUACAGCUGUGAUUUUCGGACCUGGAAUAUUAAAAAAUGGAUACAGAACAAAAGGCGUAAAAUGGACUGGUGGGACGAAAUCAUCUUAGGUCCCAAUGAAACCAUUGGAUUUGGGCGGCUCCCUUCUUCCGCAUCAGAGGAAAUCGAUGGAUGUUUUAUGGGAGAACGCAUCGUCCGAUUCCAAACCUUGAAGGGACAACCAGCGUCAGAGGACUGGAUUCUCACAGUUGCCAGCGACGAGGCUCAUCUCCUUGGUUUCUCGGAAGGCUUCGGCGGUCAACCUCAAAAGGGUGGAGUUCGGGCGCCAUUUUGGGGGAUCACUCUUUGCCAGAUUGGACAACUGCUCGUGGACACCGGGUUUCUCCCACAUGCCGACUACGAUCCGCCUGAUGCAGAUGCUUUAAAACCCGAUUCGUCCAAAGGGGCAGCAACGAGAGACAUCUGUUCGCCAUUACGCGAUGAUGUUUCUGUCUAUGUUUUUGUCAAGGAGCAAAUUAUCCCAAAGACUGCUCAAAAAGAAAUGGGGUAUGCGUUGCUGAUCAACCAGCAAAAGCCAUUGCAAGUGGAAAUAAUGGUCUCCCACAGCUGGUACGAGGGAAUCCUAGAGUUUUUCUUUGCGCUGAAAACGGCUGUCGUCGACCCACACACGCCACUGUUUGUCUGCUUUCUGAGUCUUUAUCAGAAUGACAAUAUAGCCCAUGGAGUCACCAUCCGACAACAACUGGGAAGGAAUGCAAAGCGGGGGCCUUUCGUCGAGAUUUUCCACAAUUUCAAGAACAAUAGAGUUCUGCGGUUUGCCGUCAUGGACUGCUCUGUGUCGUCCGAAAAGGCUACCUGUAGCGACCCUCUUGACGAGCGAUCUAUCCGCAACGUUAUUGAAAACGGUGUGGGCUACAAGACAAUCGACGAAUUUGUCAAACGUUUUGAGCAUCAACACGACAAACGCAAGGGCAAUACGCUACGUCGUGAAAGCCGGGCAUUUGCUCCGCUCACGUGUACCCCGGAACAAGUUGCUAGGGAGCGGGAAGAUGCGGAACAACUGCGUGUAGCCAUAGCCCUGCUCGAAGGUCUUUGCGACCAGUGCGGAAUGAGGACACACGCAGUCUCUUUCUCCGAAACGAGGCCCAUAACCAACGAGGCUGUCUACGAUGGAGUCUGUAUCAGCUGUCACCCCACUUUUGUUCCGGAACAUGCCUGGGUGCAGUGGAUGCAGUGGAUGGACUUCCAAUGA